AUGGACUACGACAGAUACGACGCUACCCUCCACUGGAUAUUCAAGCAAACCCAGAACGACGCCUGGUUCCGUCCAAACGAGGAUGCCCUCCCCGCCGGCGUGUGUCUGCGCACACACGACGGCUCCUUCCGCGUCUUCCCCUACGAGGUCGCGGGUCUCGAGCCCUUCGAGCUCGCCGUUGCUGCCCUCAACCCCCUCGUAGCAGUCAAAAUUCGUAGUGCUGCUGUGCACGCGGCACUCGCAGAAUGCGCUGCAGACGAAAAGGCAGACUGCAUUUAUGUCGACAUCGAUACCCGCAUACAGAUCAUCGACACCAUGGUCCUCCUUCCUCAGGCAGAGAAGGAGCAAAAUGCCGCAUUCAUCCGUGAUGAACGCGUUCUCGUGGUCUGGUCAGACUCGCUUGACUCCAUAGUUCCAAUAGCACGCGACUUCGAGGACCGUCUCAUCCGUCUCCUCUGGAGAAAUCGCUGCCCCUUCCCCGACUCCGUGUCCAGUCACUUUCAUGCUGGCCUUCAGCUGUCAGAGAAACCCACACCUUCUUCUCUCCCCACUGCACCACCCCAAGAGAAGAAGUACAAGCGCACGUGGUACGGGCGCAAAAUACUCAUAUCCGAUCUGGACGACGCGGAAAAGGCUGUUAAGCGUACUCCCCGUCCAACCAUGCUCUUCGCGUCUAUAUAUAACGGCCUCGCCGCUGGUCUUGCCAUCGUGUUCAUGGGCAACGGUGUCAAAGUCUUGCUGCAAGAAUGGCGGCUGGAUGGACAGUUUAUCCAUUUCGCCCUCGUCAUAUUGAUUCCUUUCCUGUUCGCCGUAUCUUUGUUCUUCACACUCCAGAUAUUCCAAAACGUCUCCAUGGCCAUCGGACCUAUUGCACAAUACUUCAAGAACUCGCGUUACUACUCUGCCGUGCCCCCUGCUCCAAACAAGGAAGUCGAUACCGCCCUGCCACAUAUCACCAUCCAGAUGCCCGUUUACAAGGAAUCUCUGGAUCAUGUGCUUCGGUCCUCUUUCGAAUCCCUGAAAAAGGCAAUGCAAACAUAUGCCCGACAAGGAGGGACGUCUUCUAUCUUUGUGAAUGAUGAUGGUCUUCGACUCCUACCUCCUGAGGAGGCGGCUGCCAGAAUCAAAUAUUACGCGACGCACAACAUUGCAUGGGUCGCGCGGCCUGGUCACACAUACCAUCCCAAGUCAAACCCUCAAGGUUUUAACCGUGUUGGUCGCUUCAAGAAGGCUUCCAACAUGAACUACGCUCUCGACCUCUCCCUCCGCCUCGAACGCAUCCUCGAACAGCUCCAAUCCGAAACAUCUUCGUCUCGAAAUUCCUCAUCGGGAACAACCCCUUGCGCUCCCAAUACGCGUGGCUCCAUUUCCACUUCCAACAUCGAAGGUGGUGCUGGUCCAACGCCAGGUACGUACGGGUUACAAUACGAAGGUCGCCCGGGGGACGAUCAGGCCCUCAUUCUACCAUAUGUGGGCCCUCUGAUGAGUGGAGGAGUCAGUGGAACGCAGACACCGGUGAGGCCCGGUACGCCCGAAAGGAGUAACAAGGAUUCAAUAUCCCAGAUCGAGGACCUGGAAGAGAGGGCACUGCAACAAGCUAUGGAGGAAGUAUACCAAGAAUCUGGGUGCCUCCACCGUCCAUGGGCAGCUAAUGCUCGGGGGACACGUCUUGGUGCGUUGAUCCUGCUCGUCGACUCGGACACGGCUGUCCCCGAGGAUUGUUUGAGGGAUGCGGCGAGAGAGUUUGCAGAACCCGAGAGUCAAGAACUCGCGGUUUUGCAACACGAGAGUGACGUUAUGCAAGUUGCGCACCACUACUUUGAAAAUGGCGUUGCGUACUUCACGAGACGUAUCAACAAAUGUAUCUCCAUGACUUGCGCGAACGGCGAGGUAGCCCCGUUCGUCGGCCACAACGCAUUCAUGCGGUGGUCAGCGCUUCAAGAUGCCGCUUUCAACGAUCCUUCCGACAAGAAUCGGGUGAAAAUCUGGUCCGAGUCAAACGUGUCGGAAGAUUUCGAUAUGGCAUUGCGUCUCCAGUUGAAGGGCUACGUUAUUCGGUGGGCAACGUAUUCUAAAGGAGGGUUCAAGGAAGGUGUGUCGUUGACAGCGGAUGACGAGUUGAAUCGUUGGCAAAAGUAUGCCUAUGGGUGUUCGGAACUUCUAUUCCAUCCACUGCAUCAAUGGAUAUACAAGGGCCCUAUUAACAAGGAGAUACACACCUUCAUAUGGUCAAAUGCGCCUACGCAUUACAAGAUCUCCAUGAUGGCUUUCGGUAUAGCAGCAUCGGUUACCAUCGCGACCAUCAACUACGUCCUACUCGGGUACCAGUUUCAAGUUGACGAGUUCUACAUGCACUCCUUCGAGAUCUGGCUCGCUACGACCAUCGUAUUCUUCGGGUCUGGGACUAUCGGUUUCACGCUGCUGCAGUAUCGGCUGGGAGAGAAGGGCUUGGUGUGGGCAUUCAUAGAGAAUCUGAUGUGGAUACCAUUUUUCUUUUUCUUCUUUGGUGGCCUCGCCAUCCCACUUUCGCAAGCGAUCCUUGCGCACUUGUUCUCCUAUAACAUCACGUGGCAGGCUACCAAGAAGGAAGUUGAACGCUCGAAUUUCUUCAAGGAAGUCCCUAAGAUAUUAAAACGCUUUUGGUUCCAACUACUCGUAUCCGCUGCCCUUAUCAUAGGAAUGAUAGUCGCCAGCACGCCGCUUGUUCCAUACCAGUGGAGGAUCGACGGAACAGGAUGGGCAGUGAUUCUUCCGCUCAGUAUCAGAACUGGUCCAUCGAUCUUCUGGAUACCUGUGUGUUUGCACCCCAAGAAGGCGUUUCGUUCAUAA